AUGUGGUCUGCAGUAACAACAGCUCGUUCAUCGCUCAAGCACCUUGCUCGUGCUGUGCGGCAUACGCCGUCUAUGAGAAGCUUUGGAUCUGUAACUAACCAGGUAAAGUGGUUCUGACACCGGUUCUACUACGAUCAGAUUGAUAUUAGCAGUGAUUUGAGGGUUUACGAAGGAACUGACAACCCUACUCUCCUCUGUUACAGAGACUGAUAACGGAAGAUAUCCUCUCCAGGAAUGGUGCCUUGAAAUCUCGGUUUUACAGGUGAGAUCGAUUGCCGUUAUGUAACAUGUGCCAGGUUUUCAUAUUGGAAGCGAAUCUGCACGUGGUUUGUUGGAUCAUAAACGUGUUCGUAUGCUUCGAUAACAUUGAGAAUGACCAUUUUAUGCUUAACGGAAACACGAAACAUUAUAUUCAGUGAUUUUUUCAAUGUUUUAUAAGCAAUUACACUUUACAGUGUGCCUUUGCAGUUCAAAAAAUAAAUUACAGUAUAACUCACCUAUACAGAAUUUAAAAGGCACACUGCCUUAUUACGCAUGGCAGGUGUACGAAUAAACUUUACUUAUCCAAUGCUUGAAUGUUAUGUGGUAGCAUGACAUGCAAAUUCUUAGUUCGACUUUAACUAUUGAAGUACGUGUUGGACAUCUGAGAACAUUGUCUGUCAUGCUAAAGCUACAUUGUUCAUAGCCCAUUCAUGCACCUCUGAAUUCUCAGAAGGUAGUAAAAGGAUCUUUUCACUCCAAAAAAAGUCAAAAAUCAAAUUUUGACAUUGAUUACAGGUGUAGUUAAUCAAUAUCAAUCGUUAUAAUUUGCUGAUUGUCAGCGAUUAUCGAUUUAUAAUGGAAAUCAAUAGAAAUCGAAGUCACGAAAAAAAAUAAUUUAUUGAUUAUGAUCGAAUAACAAAAAUCAAUAAUAAUCAAUAGUAAUCAAUAGUAAUCAGUAACAAGCAAUAAGCUUGAAGUGUGUAUAUGGUUUAGAUACAUGUACUUUGAACAAACAACACUGACAAGACUGGUUACUUGUUCAUACAGUUUCAAAUAAUGUAACAGACAAGGUACAACAGUUGAUUUCCUUGUGUAUUUUCGCAAAUCAUCAAAACGCCGGAAAUGAAUGUUUCCAUUUGAGGUCAAACGUCUGAUCUGAUCAGCGCUGGAGAUGUAGAUCUUUACAUGUCCAUUAAACCUGCGCCAUUGACUGCACCUUACAUUUCUUUCCUUGCAAUCUUGUUCACAUUGGAAUCCAAUUCAAUGCAGUAUAUACAGGGGCAUUGAAGUCCUCCAGAUCACUGCUAUCUUUUGGCAUUAGGAGGGGGGUGUAAGGGUUUGCGGUAUUGCGUUAUUGCGUUAUUUUUGGUGCGGUGUUGCGGUAGUUUUUAUUUCAAAUUACGGUAUUGCGGUUUUCAGGGUCCAAGCGGUGUGCGGUAAGUUUAAAUUUCAUGUCGCGGUAGUCGGUGAAAAACUCGUUGCGUCGCGGUGAUCUGCUUCUUUUCAUGACAAGAGGAUACAAAUCCUAAAGGGUCUCCUUAGCUAGCCUAGCCUGCCUGACCUGCGUGUCUUCCAAGUUACACAGUCGGGGAUCGUAUUUCGCAAACAAUCCAUGCAAAUCGUUUGGCUUGUAAUUUCAGUUAAUACUUGAUAUGAUUAACGACAUUAAUUUUUUUAUCCAAUGAUACGUAAACAUGUCACAUUUAUGACCUCAUGGACCUUGUGGAAAUAGUCGGCUUGGUUAACCUCCUUACCAACCUUAUCGUCACUUUCGUGCCACUCGCGAAACAAUGGCGAGCGAUCCAGAAGGUCAACUUAAGUGAUCAGUCAGAUAUUCCAGCAAAUAGUGAGGUCAGUGAGGUCGUUAUAAACUGCGUAGUGUGGAAAGAUAAUCUAUGAAGAUGGUGUGGUCUAAAAAUUACUACUCGCCCUUCUCGUUGUGCAUGCAGGAAUAUACAAUGUACUAGUAUUCGUGUGUGCUUAGCCAGCGUAGCAAGGCGAUUUUGCGUGGUUUUGUCGGGAGCACGACUGAGCGGUGAAGCAGCUCCGGUCCCAGCCUCCUGGCCCACGCCCGCCUUCAUUAUUUACCGCGCCCAACCAAAACCGCCAUGUUACGCAGGCUAGUUAGGCUUGGAUAAAUUCUGCUCGUAAAUUGGCUUAUCCUCAUACCGGCAGUGCUCUUAAAAAUCGCUUAUUCUACUCAAACUUCUGCUCGGGCACCCUUAUUCUGCUCGAAUUCUGCCUGGUAUCCGAAAAAAUUUCGGCCCCUCGGGCCGUAUUUAUUUUCGCCAAUAUAGAAGGGAACCUGGGCCUAACCCCUUAAAACUAAUUAGAUAUUGUAAUUCAUCUUACUUUUAAUGUGAAUGCGUUGUAGCUAUUUAAUAAUCGAAAUAAUCAGGUAUUUUCCGUUUGUUUUUUAUUUAGUUUAAAAUUUUUCUUACAACUGUUAUGCAUAUCAUCAGUGCCGCUGAUUUUCUCUUAUUCUGCUCAAAUUCUGCUCGAAAAAGCCUUAUUCUGCCGGCAGAAUGCCCGCCUCAACAAUCGCUUAUUCUGCUAGAAAUUCUGCCGGCAGAAUUUGUCCAAGCCUAAGGCUAGUGUGUGCUGUGUGCCCUUCGAACCCAAAGGCAGCCCUGGUCGACGUUUUGUAACCCUCAACAAAGAACCGAGUUAAUUGUGAACCUGAAACAACCUCAUAAGAGUCAACUGUUUUCCGUCCGUUUAUGAUCCAGGUCAGUAAUAUGUAAAGUACAGUGUGAAAGUAAUACUAGAAAACUCCUGUUGUAUCAUUUACGUAAAUGCUUACAUGUAACAUGAACAAAAUUAAACGAGUGCCAUGAUCUUAUCUUGACAUCGACGCACCUUGAUUUUGAAACACUGACAUAAAAGUCACUGUAUUAUUUCUAUUUUGAAAGGAGGAUUUGUAGUAUUGGCAACGUCAACAUUAACUUUUUCCUAUUUUUAACUGCGGUUUCGGUAUUUGGGUAAAUUAUGAUGCGGUAUUGCGGUAUUCUCGCGCUACCAUGUGCGGUAUUCGUACCCCCCUUACGCCCCCCUCCAUUAGGGUCAUACUUGGUUUGGUGGAAAGAUGUUAUUUCACUAUGUAUACAAAUCUUUUUAGUUUCUUUUAUCAAUUAACAGAACUACAUAAUGUCAUGACUGAGUGACUCAAUAAUACAAUAUAGACAACAUUGUAUUAAUGUUGAACUUCUACUGAUGACGUACAAUGUGAGUGUUUUUUGAUAAUAAUCGAUAGUAAUUGAAGUCACAACUUUUUCUUUGUCGAUCUCUAUCAAUUGAUAUCGGAAAUCAAGUAAAUCAAACUAUUGGAUUUUAUCGAUUUUUAGUUUAUCGAUUAAUUAUGACUGUAUUGAUUGUAAAUGCUUUAGUUAAUCAACUAGUAAAAGUUGAUGAAAUUGGCUCUGGCUGUGUAUCCAAAAAAUCAUUUUAUUUGAUAGGUUAUGCUUUCAAGAUACAGUAGGACCACUAAAUGAUUAUAGAGAUACAGUCAUUGUAACUAACUUUCUUCCUUGCCCUUGAAAUUCUUUAUGACUACAGACUGGUUAAAUUAAUUCAUGUUGAUUACUUUUUAUGUCACCGAUUUCUCAUGUUAAUCCAUCCAUAAGAAUAUUAGGUCAUAACAAUCAUUGCUUUAUGGCUGUUUUGUCUUUUGUGAUAUCAGCUCUGAAGCAGUCCGUGGCGCAGUUUGUGGCAUUGAUCUUGGAACAACAAACUCCUGUGUGGCUGUAAUGGAGGGGAAGACGCCUAAAGUAUUAGAAAAUGCAGAGGGAUCGAGGACCACUCCCUCGGUAGUGGCUUUUACCCCUGAUGGAGAGCGACUUGUUGGUACUCCAGCCAAAAGACAGGUUAAUAUAUAUUUUUAUAGUGUGGCUGCAUGUAGAUGUCCAAUGUUCAUUUUUUGUCGCAAUCAUUAUGGACGUGUAUUCAUGUUGUCCUUGUUAUAGACAUGUUGUAGACCUACAUUGUACACAUUCAGUUGCUGUAACAAUGUACACAUAAAAGGCAUCAUUUUACGUGUAUACAUGUAUCUACAUGUAUAUCACUUGACGUAUCACAAGCUUGAACUGACUUUAUUAAGUAUAACCAAAUUCUUGUCUUAAAUAAUUACUAAUACAAUCCUAUAUAUUUGUGCUGUAGAAAACAUGUAAUUACAUAAUUUUAGGUCAUAAAACUUUAGCUUACAAGGUGUCAAUUGUUGUUGUUUAUUAUAACUACAUUUUAAUGUUUUGACUUUACUGUAAAUGAUUUGUCCUUAGGCUGUAACAAACCCAACAAAUACAUUGUAUGCAACCAAGAGAUACAUUGGACGACGAUUCGAUGAUAAGGAAAUAAAGAAGGAUGCGUAAGUACUGUUUCUUGUUAAAAGAUGUUUCAUCAAGUGGUUUCAUGUCUAUGUUACAGGUCAAAAUUAAAUUCAGGUUAAAAUUUUUUAACCUUGGUCGAUUCUCAAUUUCCUUUGUUUAAAGCCCUAAUUCAAGAACAAUUAGAGGUAGGAAACAAGUAAAGUGAGAAUCAACCUACUGUAGGUUAAAAAUUUUAACCUGAAUAUAAUUUUGACCUGUAACAGAUAUAUAUAUUUUUCAGAGAAGUGAGUCUGUAGUUGCAUUACCAUACACUAUGAAUUUUGAUUUUGUUUUUCUUGUGCGGUCUAUUUUCAGGGAAAGUGUGUCCUUCAAGAUUGUAAAAGCUUCUAAUGGUGAUGCCUGGUUUGAGGCUAAUGGCCAGAUGUAUUCACCAAGCCAAGUAGGAGCUUUUGUUCUCAUGAAGAUGAAAGAAACAGCUGAGAGCUACUUGGGAACAACUGUCAAGAAUGCCGUCAUUACAGUUCCUGCGUACUUCAAUGAUUCUCAAAGACAGGUUUGUACAGUAUUAAAACUAAACAAACAGUGCUGUUGCACACAAUUUAAAAAAAUAUGUUUUCUUAUACAGUGUAAUUAGAGAAGUUAAUGAAACACAAUCAAUUACCACUCUUUGCUCCACAAGUGUGUGCACCUGCUUGUAUGCAGUUGGUUACAACAGCCUAUUUAUUGACAAUUUUAAUCUUUUUAUUUAAUCAUCUAUAGCUUAGCAUCAGCUCUACUGUAUAUCCUUAAUGAUAGUGCCAUUUUUGCAAAUUGUCAGCUAAUGAUUAUGUUGAUAUAUUGAUUGAUAGACACAUGAGUAACCAGCUAUUCUUAUAUGUAGGCAACCAAAGAUGCUGGCCAGAUUGCUGGUCUGAAUGUCCUGCGAGUGAUUAAUGAACCAACAGCAGCUGCCUUAGCCUACGGAAUGGACAAAUCUGAAGAUAAAAUGUAAGUUGACAGUACCAUACAUGUAAAUCAAUCAUGUGCGUACGUGCACAUAAUUAUGUCAUUCUAUGCACGAAACGAAGUGGUGUCAUCCAUUUACAAGUACUUUUAAAAUUUCAUACUCAGUAUCAAAAAGUGAUUUUUAAAUGUGAGGAAAAUCAUUUAUUUGUAGCCGUAGAUUCUACGUGUAAAAUGCAACAGACUGACAUGGUAAAAAAAUUUAACUUGUAUAAAGGGUAGUUUUUUCGUAACCUCCUGAUUGUGGAUUAAAGGGCUGCCUGGAAAAAGAGUCUCAGGUAACUUCAUAUAAACUGCAAAAUUAAUUCUACCUCCAAAUUGCCUUGCAGCUGCUUGUGAAACAAAACUCUAGAAGUCUAGCAAUAAUAAUUAUUAUAUUGAGAGUCACAAAGAGUUUUUCCCCAAGUAUCCUUCCAGAGUUAAUUGAAGUAGUUAGUCCAAUUUUUCCUUGAGCUUUGCCAAAAACAAGACCUGUGUGGUUGUUCUUACAGUAUGUAAGUCCCCGUACAUGUAAGUCCUAUUUUUCCAAAAAAAAGUGUCUAUUGCAGUAUUUUGAUUUUUGGCAUUGAAGUGUUACAGUACAUAUACAUGUAAAGUUCUAUGGGUGCUCUGUAGCUUAUCAAAUUGUGACUGAGUGAUGUAUUUGUUUAUUUAGAAUUGCAGUGUAUGAUCUUGGUGGUGGUACAUUUGAUAUCUCUAUUUUGGAAAUUCAGAAAGGAGUGUUUGAGGUAUGACUAGUUCUGAGGCAACUCCAGGGUGAUUUUGGAGGUCUCUACUGUUGACCUGUCAUAUUAUUGUGCAAAAUACGUGAACUUUCCAUGCAUAAGCUUUUUGAUUUUUUAAUCAUUGUUUGUUAAACUAAUAAUUAAGGUUUUUACCUGCAUACUUAUUUAGUACUAAGAGACUGGUGUGAGUAAUUUACCAGCAGUUAAAUGCAAAGACUGGUUGUUGAAUGGAUACAAAAUUCAAAUGCUAUGUGAAAUACAAGGUGCAGCCGAGUGUAGUCUAAAGAAUUUCAAGUUCAUUCAGUUGCUACAGUAACGAGUGCAUUUUAUGUGAUAAACUAGAAAUACAUCUUAAGAACCAUUCCAAUCUUCUGUUAUGCCCCUUUACUCUAUCCACUUAAUUCUAUGUAAUUGAAUUGAAUCUUUUGAAUUAGCUAGGGAAACAUAACAUCUUACAAAUUAAUAACAUGGACACAUUGGGUCAAAAAUUAAUAUUUCUUACCCCAAAGCAACUGAAACAGUGUUAUUUUAAAUACAUUUUUUGCCUUGUUUGCGGAUUUACAGGUGAAGGCUACAAAUGGUGACACAUACCUUGGUGGAGAAGACUUUGAUAGCACUAUUCUCAAGUAUCUCAUAUCAGAAUUUAAGAAAGAGGUGAGAAACAUUUGAAACUUUGUGAGCUUUAAGGGAAAAAAACUGUAACAUUUACAGUACUUGUUUGAAAAUUAAGAUACUUAAGAUUUGUAUUCCUGACCUCAUACUUAAAAGAGACAGCUUCAUUAUUCCCCAUUUAAAAUCUGCCUUUUUGGUAUCAAUAUUUCUGUUGGUCCAGAAAUCAUGCUGUCUCUUCCUGUUUGACUCAGUAACCUCUACGAUUCAUCCAUAUCCCUUUUAGAAUGCAAAAUGCAAAUUUCCAGAAAAAUCAGACAUUUUAUUUAUGCAAAUAAUGGAAAGCCAACAAGACCUUGAAAAAAAGUACUGGUAAAGGUUACAUCUAUGCACCUAACCUUUGAUCAGGCGGUUUUUUUUUCAAGGGCGGACGAGGCGAGAGGAAAAAAAAAUAUGAAUGCAAAUGAACUUGCAAUAUGCCGCCCCAUUUUACUGCCAGGCUGUGUACCAUUAUUGGACUACAAUAUUACAUUGUAAAGAAGACAAUGGAUGAUAGAGGAUCACAUACUCAGCAUGUUGGGCAACUUUCACAACAAAUAUGCAUGAAAGACUUAACUAAUACAAAAUUCAUGUGAUUUGUUCUGUUCCAAAUCCUAGAGUGGUGUUGAUUUGUCCAAAGACAACAUGGCUCUUCAGAGACUCCGAGAAGCAGCUGAGAAAGCAAAGAUUGAAUUAUCAGCAUCUGUCCAGGUAACUUUACCUACAUUUUGAUUCCAUUUCACUCUUGCCUGAUACUAAAAAGGCCAAUGUCAUACAAUAAAUUGUAUUUUAUGUAACCAUCAGCAGUGCAGGAAAGUGCAGUGCUGCAAUGCCUGUGUCCUGUACUGUAAUGGUUGGAGUUGAAGAAGCUAACAGUAUCAAAAGGGAUAGUGGAAUUGUAAUUAUUGUGUGUAGAUGCCCAGCGGCAAGAUACUUGUAUAUAACAUGAGACUGGUAUAUCAGUGGGCCACUAAGAUUCAAUACUAAAUUUUCAGUAACUUGUGGUCACUAGACUGCUUUGAAAGUUGCAGGGAAAAGUACAAAAGUAUUACAAAAGGAUAGUGUAUUAGAUUCACCUCUGUUUUGCUUUUGUAGACAGACAUUAAUUUGCCGUAUAUCACAGUGGAUGCCAGUGGUCCAAAACACUUGGCCAUGAAACUCACUCGGGCCAAGUUUGAAUCCCUGGUUGCAGACCUUGUACAGCGGACUAUAGAGCCAUGCAAGAAAUGUCUGCGAGAUGCUGAUAUUAAUAAAAGUGACAUAGGUGAUGUUUUGCUGGUUGGUGGAAUGACACGGAUGCCCAAGGUACUUUUGGUUUUGUUGCCUUUCACUGGACGAAAAAAUGGAUUUGCAUAAAUUUGCAAUUUGAGGAGUAAAUAUGGGGCAAAGAUGGCAAAUGCCUAGAUAUUUACACCACCCUGUUUUUUGGCAUCCAUAUUACUUUUUCACUCCUCCGUUUUUACAAGUUUGCAACAAACUUGCCGGGAGCAAAUUUGUGCAAAUCCGAUUUCCAGUCCAGUGUUUUGAAAACAGCCGGCAGACAUUUUGCAUCACCACCACUGGUUUCGCCAUGGAAUAACAACUGGGUAGUGACACGUCAUCAGUGUGGAAUUUCUGCAUUCCUUUCUCAGAUGUUAUGUGCAAGGAAACCAAUGCCGGGUGUUUUCUUAGGCUGUUAGUUUAGUUGUGGUUAGAAAUAAAUUUCAUUGACCUGAUCAUGAGUCCUGCAAUUUUAUUAUUUUGUAUAUACUGGUAAUAAUAUUAAAAAUAUAAAAUUAAUGUAGCGUUGUUGUUCAGAAUAAUUUUCUUCAGUCAGGGCCUAUGUACUGUAGUAACUUGUGGUAUUAGGCUAACACUAGCUACCAAUAGCAACAUACUUGUAACCACAUGAAAUUCCAAAUGAUAUUAAUCUUUUAUUGACAUUUUGAAGUUGUUUUACACUUGUUUUCCUUUUGUUCUAAACAGGUGCAGUCAGUGGUGCAGGAAAUCUUUGGUCGAUCACCAAGCAAGGCUGUCAACCCUGAUGAAGCUGUUGCUGUUGGUGCUGCCAUUCAGGGAGGUGUCCUGUCUGGUGAUGUCAAGGAUGUGUUGCUGUUGGAUGUAACACCACUGUCACUUGGUAUUGAGACACUCGGUGGAGUGUUCACAAAACUGAUUACACGCAACACAACCAUUCCCACCAAGAAAAGUCAGGUACUCAAAUGAAAUAUGAAUUCCACCUUCCUAAAAUGUAUUCCUAGUGUACUGUAUGUUCUUUCUGCUCUUAAUGCAUUGUAGUUUUCUUUGGCUUUCCCUAAGACAGACAGCUUCCUAAGAUAGCCAUGCAGUGUCAAUUGCAGUGGUGGUUAUGUUAAUGUAAAAAGAGUUAACUGCAUUUGUAUUUGUGAAGUACAUGUACUGUACACCUGAACUGCUGAGGUCUUUGGUUGGUUUAACUUUGAAGGGGAUUUAGUGUCCUAUUGUUUUUCAGCCUUAUAUAUGUUAUGCAUUUGCCAUACUUCAAUUAACAACAAUUUUGAUGCACAACUUGUGCAGCACCAGAGAAAUCUUUCACAGAACAAGGAUCCUAGGAAGACAAAGAUACAAUGUAAAAGUCAAGCUUGCUUGUUCUUUCUCACAAUUAUUUUUGUUUCUGUGCAUGCCUGAAAAAAAAGCUGUACUUUUUCACCAAGGAAGAAAGUGAGUGGACAACAAUGCUUACAGCCUGUACAUAGUUUUGAGUCUAAUAAUAAAUUCAGUGCAGAAUGAUAGACAGAAAGUAUAAUGACUUGAGUUACUUCAAAAAGCAUUAAUUUUUGCAGUGAUAAUUCUAGGCAAAAAAGGUGAACCUAAAGCUUAUUUACCAUUUAAGUUUCUCAUGCUAAGAAAAUAAUUGAAGUUUAGACAUUUUCACUUUGUCUCAUUCCAGGUGUUUUCUACAGCAGCUGAUGGCCAGACGCAAGUGGAAAUUAAGGUUCAUCAGGGAGAGCGUGAAAUGGCUGCUGAUAAUAAACUGUUAGGACAAUUUCAACUGGUGAGAAAGCUGGUUUACUCACUAAAAACAACCCUGCUGAUUUAACCCAGCAGUGGACAGCACUGUAAAAGUCACUUGCUGAUGAAUUCAAGCAAAAGUAACUUACAUGUCAUCAAGUGUACUGUGCUAGCCUGAGGAAACAGCCAACAUUUCGUGACAUCACCACUGGUUUCCCAGCAAAAUGAUGUCUGAGGAACGAGUGCAGAAAUUCCAUACUGAUCACAUGUUGAUACCCAGAUCUAGGUAGUGCUUCUGAUUUGUUGAAUCAAAUUUGCCCCAAUGCAUAACCAAUCAGAAGUACUACCCAGGCCCCAGUUGUUCAAACGUUGGAUAGCACUAUCCACCGGAUAAAUCACUAUCCAUCGGAUAAGUAUUUGGGAAACUGAUUGCGUUACUCCACUGGAUAGAGAUUUACCCGGUGGAUAGCGCUAUCCACAUUUUGAACAACUCAGGCCCGAUCUACUGAAUGUAAGUCGUGUCAUCAUCAUUACAUUUCUGCAGUUUCUUAUUCUCCAGGAAAAUAGUGGUGCCACCAUGAAAUGGUAGGGCUAUAGAUGUACCAGUAGACUGGUGGUACGAAACCCCCUUAAAACUUUUUGACAGAUGCUAUGUAACAUUUUGAUUUAAUGCUGAAAAGACUAGCCGAACCAAUAAUUAGAAUGGAAUACUAUAAAGGGAGGAUACACAACCUGCCGAUACGUGACUUUAUUGCCUUAACCAUCCCUAUGACUUGGGUGUCGACCUCCAUGCACUAGCAGUUCUAUCCAGUACCACACUCUCCAAUUUGAUCAAAUUAAACCUUCAUGUACUUAAAACAAUCUUUGUUGUCAUUUAGAGAUUUUGUAAAACUCACCAUAAAUAUGCAGUAGUAGAAAAUAACUCUACCUUUUCUGUGUUUUUGACACGGCUCAUUACAGGUUGGAAUUCCUCCUGCUCCACGUGGUGUACCACAAGUAGAAGUGACGUUUGAUAUUGAUGCUAAUGGAAUUGUCAAUGUGUCUGCAAGAGACAAAGGAACUGGCAGAGAACAACAGAGUAAGAUAAUUAUUGUUAUCAUUUGUUGCAAAUUUUUCUUCCUUUUCAUUGGCCGUGACCCCACCACAUGACCUGCAAAUAGCUGCAAUGUGCAAUUUGCAAUGUUUUCCAACUUUGUUUGGCUGCAAAUGAUAUUCUGCUCAUGCAUAAAUGAAACCAUGCUUUUCUCCUUCCUGCGAUCGCUCUCGCAUGAAAAUGGCAGAUCGCUUCGCUUCCUGAAGAUAUUCACUAAAAAAGUAAACUCGGUGAUCAAAUGAUAAAACAAUUAUUGAACUCGGUUAUCGCAAAAUAUCGUGAUUUGUCAGUGGCAAGCAGAUGAAUGAUUUGCUGAAGCCGAAGCCUCGUCCAAUAAUUGUUAAUUAUUGACACACGUGGUGUAUGGUUUGCUAUUUGAAAAAUUAAUAACGUUGGUUUUUGGGGAAAAUGGGCUGAUAAAGUUACUGAAACAGGUUAAGGUCUUGAAAUAGACAAUGACUAAAUAUACUUCACAAAAUCAUUGCAGUAGUACAUUGGUUUAUGAAUGGGCUGAUGCAGCCAAUGCCAAAAUAAAGGACAUCGGAGCUUGUUUCCUCCUUAAAAAGGGCUUAACUUCCACUUUAAAGAAUAAAGGUACACGUACAUGAAGGGUAUUUUCAGUGUGGGUAUUUUCCCGGCUUUGUUUCAGUUGUCAUCCAGUCUUCUGGAGGACUAAGUAAAGACGAAAUUGAAAACAUGGUUCGAGAAGCUGAGAAGUAUGCUGACAGCGACAGACAAAAGAAAGUAAGUGUGAAGUGGGUGUAGGUGCUUGACUGUAGAACAGCUGAAUUUUGCACUGCUUAUGAAUGUGUGUCAGUUGUCAUUAUCAAAAAAAAAAUAAAGAGGAAAGCUAAAGAAAUAACCUGCAGUGCACGUGAAGCUACAACGGCUGGUGCGUACCGCACCUUAAAAUCCAAAUUACAGGUAGGGCUAUUUUUUAUUCUCUCUGGAACAGGCCAUUUCCGAGUUCCAUAAACUCUCACUUUCAAAGCCUCUCUUGUGAAAAUGAGUGUUAUUUGCAGUCUUUGCAGGAGAAUAACAGUUCAUGACAUUUUUAUGUCAAUGGCUUCAUACUUAGCCUCGCUUUGAAACAGAGGCUUCGGGCAACUCGGUAAUGGCGUUAUUAAACUAUAAAGUAAGAGUGACAAAAAAAGCAAAGUGAGUUUUGAUACCGUAGUCAAAUGUCUUGCCUAACCUGUUGCUUAAUUAUGGUUAAAUGCAUGCUAACUUCUAAUUAUUCAUCUAGCCUGCUCAACUAUCUGAGCGCGUUGAACAGGCUGAUAUUCAUCUAGGAGUAGGUCUUUGAUAGUUUUCUUCAAAGGAUCCGCUAUCAGUAUCUCUGUUACUUGUAAUCACUAUAAAUUUGUCGCCCUCUGUGUUUCUAGGAGCUGACAGAGGCAGUGAACCAGGCCGAGAGCAUCAUCCACGACACAGAAACGAAGAUGGAAGAGUUCAAGGACCAGCUACCAACCGAUGAGGUGAGAUGCACUAUACUUAGUUUAGUUCAUACUGAACUUGUAGCAUUUGCGUCUUGUGACCUUGAUAUACAAAUGGAACUUUUGGAGCCCAAAAUUGGUAGAAAUAUGCAGUUUAGGGUUGGGGUUAAGAGAUGAAACUGAACGCUGGCCAGAAAAUCACAGUUUAAAAUGUAAUCUCGGUAGAAACAUACGGCCCCCUAGUCCCAGGCUAUAAAUUAUUAACUUCUAAUGUAUCAACCGGAAUGGUACUAACAGCAAUAACUGUGAGAGAAUUUAUACGAAGACGCAAUUGUGGUAGAGUAAGACGCUAAAAUUGACGGACAUGUGUAUUAUAUCGCAGAGUGCACAGCUUAAAGAAGAGAUUAACAAAGUGCGCGAAGUGUUGGCAAGAAAAGACAGCGAAACAGCGGAGUCCAUCCGACAAGUGUAUAGUGAGCUGCAACAGAAAUCACUGAAGCUGUUUGAAGUAGCUUACAAGAAGGUAACAGUUCUUUUCCACCAUUGAUUACUGUCUUUGUUGUAAUCCUAUCCCUUGCCGGUCAACUUCAUCACGUUGCCUAGUGCAGAUAACUAGUGUCUCAUUACGUGAGUUUAUUAUUGGAUAAGACUAAAUGCUGUGCUUUAUCGGUUCAGCACCCGCUUGUUCAACACUUAGGGAUUUUGGCCAAAAACGCAGAUAAAAGACGUACAAAAACAUUUUAAUACGAAAAUGAAGAUGGGCACUGUUUCACAGCACGUCGCUGUGAUAGUCUCUGCCAGUGACCCCCACCAACCACCCCCUCCCCUCCCCUGUGUCUAGGUCUUACUCUCAUGGGACCCAUGUGCCUGAUCCAAAUUGAGUAGGUCUGCGCCCAGCUGGUAUCAAGUCAAAUACCCUUAAUUCAUCAGCUGUAAUUCAACUUUGCAGAUGGCCUCUGAGAGAGAAGGAGGAGGAGCAAGUUCAUCUUCAAGCAGCGAACAAACAGGAAGUACUGAAGACGAGGAUCACAAGAAGAAAGAAGAAAGCUAAAUUAUUGGACCUACCAACCACGAUCACAGUCUUACAAGAAUCGUCACUUCUCCAGCAAAAACAAAAUAUUCGUGUUCUUGCAAGGUUGUGAUGUACGGAGCAUUUUUACACAAUACUACAAAACAAGGAGAACUUCGUCGCAGUUGAAAUGUCGCGACAGGAACAUUGACAAAAUUUGCCUUAUCAAAGUGUAAACAUUUCGGUCUUUCUCAAUGGUGGGGUGGGGGUCAGUUUGCUAUCUUCCUGAACCCCCAUCCGUUUAGGGAAGGCUCAGAUUUUCAUUGUAUUAGAAAACGGUAUGGUUCUCAGUAUUUUGUUAUGUGUAUUCAGUGAAACAUUCGCCACAGUUAAAAAUCCGUCAUAGCUUUAUGGUUCGCUCGUGCAGGGUGUAUAUGCAUUUUAAAGUUAAUUAUUGUUUAGGCAAAAUUGUUUGGAGCUAAGAAGCGCGUUAGUGAGUAAAUUGCACAUGUUCCAGUGAUUCGUGAAGAGGAAAACACGUCAUCUUUCUCGUG